AUGUUGGCUGUCACAGGGACGCUAUCUCUUAACCAAUCACAGCACAGUAAAAUAAAAUAUAAGUUGUGGAGGAUCUUAAAGGUUAUAUGGAGGAAAGGGAAAACUUUAAAACAGUGGCAGUUUGCAGAGGGAGUUUGGAUCCCAAAAGAGGAAGACUCUAAGACCAUCAGCCAGUUCAGAAUCAUCUCGCUUCUUAGUGUUGAAGGAAAGAUCUUCUUCAGCAUAGUUGCAAAGCGUUUGGCAGAGUUCUUCCUCAAAAAUGGAUAUAUAGACACCUCUGUGCAGAAAGGUGGCAUACCAGGUGUUCCAGGCUGCUUAGAGCACACAGGCGUGGUUACACAGCUCCUCAGAGAAGCAAAGGAGAACAGGGGCGAUCUGGUGGUGCUGUGGUUAGACCUGGCCAAUGCCUAUGGCUCCAUGCCCCACAAACUGGUACAGGAGGCUCUGGAGAAGCACCAUGUUCCUGUCAUAGUGAGAAACCUUAUUCAGGAUUAUUACAGUGAUUUUAAGCUGAGAGUUUCAUCUGGAUCAACAACAUCAGAGUGGCAUAGGCUAGAAGUGGGAAUCAUCACAGGCUGCACAAUCUCGGUGAUCCUAUUCGCUCUGGCAAUGAAUAUGUUGGUGAAAUCGGCUGAACCGGAGUGUAGAGGACCCAAAUCCAAAACUGGAACACGGCAACCACCAAUCCGUGCCUUUAUGGAUGACCUUACAGUUACAACGGAGUCAGUGCCUGGAGCCAGAUGGAUCCUUAAGGGGCUGGAGAGGCUGAUUGAAUGGGCCAGGAUGUCAUUCAAGCCAGCUAAAUCAAGAUCCUUAGUGCUGAAGAAGGGCAGGGUGAUGGAGAAGUUUCGUUUUACCAUAUCGGGAACUCAAAUCCCAACCCUGUCUGAAAAACCAGUUAAAAGCCUGGGAAAGACUUUCGACAGUAGCCUCAGGGAUACAACAUCCAUCAGAAACACCUGUGAGGAGUUGGAGAGGUGGCUGAAGAUCGUUGACAAAACUGGGCUCCCUGGAAAGUUUAAGGCAUGGGUAUACCAACAUGGGAUUCUACCAAGGAUACUGUGGCCUCUCCUCCUGUAUGAGUUUCCGAUUACCACCAUCUCAGAACUGGAAAGGAGAGUCAGCCGCUUCCUAAGAAGAUGGCUGGGACUCCCGAGGAGCUUAAGUAGCAUCGCCCUUUACGGAAACACCUGCAAGCUGCAGCUCCCUCUAAAAUCCAUCGAAGAGGAGUUCAAGGUCUUGCGCGCAAGAGAGGUGCUGCAGUACCGCGAGUCUAGGGACCCUAAAGUCUCCGGGGCAGGUGUAGUGGUCAAGACUGGCAGGAAAUGGAGGGCAGAGGCAGCAGUAAACCAGGCAGAGUCACGGCUGCGUCAUGGUGUUCUGGUGGGAGCAGUGGCCAGAGGAAGGGCUGGGCUAGGAACCUUUCAAGUGCUCCGGUUCGACAAGGCUCGGGGAAAGGAGCGGAGACAGCUAGUUCAAGGUGAGGUGAGGGCUGCGGUGGAGGAGGAAAGGUCCAGCAAAGCUGUGGGAAUGGCACGUCAGGGUGCCUGGACUAGAUGGGAACAAGCUGUGGAGAGAAAGAUCACUUGGACUGAACUUUGGCGGUCAGAGCCCCACCGCAUCAAGUUCCUGGUGCAGGCAGUCUACGACGUCCUCCCCAGCCCAUCAAAUCUGUACACCUGGGGUCUAAUCGAUACACCAGGAUGUGUCUUGUGCCAAAGAAAGGGAACUCUUGAGCAUAUUUUGAGUUGCUGCCCAAGAGCUUUGCGGGAAGGCCGGUACCGCUGGAGGCAUGACCAGGUGCUCAAAACAAUUGCAGAGAGCAUCCAGGCUACUAUUAACAACUGCGGGAAGUCAAAGCACUCCAAGCUAACCAUCAGCUUCAUCAGGGCUGGAGAGAAACCAGAAAGAUCUGCCAGGGUAACAUCAGGGCUUCUGAACACUGCACAGGACUGGCAGAUGAAAGUGGACUUGUGCAAACAACUUAAGUUCCCCCAACAUGUCGUCAAUACCUCCUUGAGACCUGACAUUGUCUUGGUAUCUGAGGCAACAAAGAACCUGGUCAUGUUGGAGCUCACUGUGCCAUGGGAAGAUCGAAUGGAGGAAGCUUUUGAGCGAAAGAGGGCGAAAUAUGAAUGCCUCGUAAAUGACUGUCAUAACCAGGGCUGGAAGGCAAGGUGCUUACCUGUGGAGGUGGGGUGCAGAGGCUUUGCAGGGCAGUCCCUCUACAGGGCCUACACCGCACUCGGUAUCACGGGUGAGAGAAGAAGAAGGGCUAUCUGCAAUAGUACAGAGGCUGCAGAGAAGGCUUCGAGGUGGCUCUGGAUCAAAAGAGCAGAUCCCUGGACAAAUGCUGCUAGGGCACAAGCUGAGGCUUGA